AUGCGUCUCAUAGCGCUUUUGAAGAGCUCCAAGCUCAGUCAGACAAUGGAGGAGCAACUGAGGCAAGAAUUGAGGGUUAAGUUGUUGGAACGGGACUAUAUGAAUACGAUGAAGGAAUUGAAGUCAAAUGAGCAGGUGGAGGAAGAAGUGAUGAGUGACGAGUGGAUAAAGUUGGAUAAGAAACAGAAGAGGAACUUAAAGAAAAGGGAGAAAAAGAAGCUUAAAAAAGAAAUGGAAAAGAUGAGGAAAGUUGCGAUUGAGGAAGAAAAGGAAGAAGGAGAAUAUGAAGAGGAAAAAGAAGAAGGGGAAUAUGAGGAAGAAGAACCCUACGUUGAACCGGAAAUGUGUGACGCUGAAACUCAGACCAUUAAGUCUGAAUGGUUUAUGACAACAUGGUUCAAUGAAGAUGUACCAAUUCGACGUAAUGGGUGCGAUUUUGAGACUUAUUCAGUGUUGUUGAGCAUUGACAACUUGAGGAAAAAAAUUCGUGAAGCUCUCAGGACGGGAGAUCGUCGUUCUCUCCUGUAUCCCGCAUCUGAAACCCUUCUCACUAUGUCGAAUAUGUCGAUUAGACGUUUCUACUGA